AUGUCUUUAGUACCAUUGUGUUCGGACCUACCACAAUUCUUGCAAGGUUACCUACCAAAUGCCACCAAAAAAGAAACCAGCAUUCGGCCUUUCAUUACGUUGACGUAUGCGCAAUCGCUGGACGCGAGAAUAUCUAAGGGUCCUGGAAUAAGAACCACUAUUUCGCAUCCUGAGACAAAAACAAUGACACAUUAUCUACGAUAUCAUCACGAUGGAAUACUUAUCGGAAGUGGGACAGCACUAAUUGAUGAUCCUGGAUUGAAUUGUAAAUGGGGUCGAGAUUCGCUUGCAAAUUCACCAAGGCCAAUAAUUUUAGACACAAAGCAAAAAUGGAGAUUCGACGGUUCAAAAAUGCAAGAACUUUACAAUAAGGGAUUAGGUAAACCACCGAUUGUUGUUGUCGCAAAUGAUCCAGCAAUAAAAGAGCACCAUGUUGAGUAUGCAAUAUGCCCAAUGGAUAAAGCCACAAAACAAAUUGAUUGGGAGAAGCUGUUUGAAAAAUUAAAGAAAGACUUUAAUAUACAAUCAGUUAUGAUUGAAGGAGGAGCCAACGUAAUAAAUCAGUUGUUACUAAGAAAUGACAUCAUCAAUAGUCUCAUAAUAACUAUUGGGUCAACAUUUUUGGGCAGAUCAGGUACGGAAGUGAGUCCGCUACAAUCAGUUAAUUUGAAGGGUAUAACAUGGUGGAAAGGUACCACUGAUGUAGUGAUGUGUGCGAAACUAGACAACGAAUAG